CUCUAAACUUAUUUUUCUAUGGUCUCCUAAAUCAAUUUUUCAUAAAAAAAACUCCAAUUUUGACUGGAGAGUUGUCUUAAGAACCCGAUUUCAAAAGGUCGUAAAAAAUUCAAAGUUGAGAUCUGAAAGAAGAAAAAUCGAACCACUUCUCCUCUGAAUUCUCCAUUAGAUUUCCAGAGAAAUGAUCCGUUUCAUAUUAUUGCAGAACAGGCAAGGUAAGACUCGUCUUGCCAAAUACUAUGUUCCUCUCGAAGAAUCAGAGAAACACAAAGUCGAAUACGAGGUUCAUAGGUUAGUGGUGAAUCGCGACGCAAAAUUCACCAACUUCGUUGAGUUUAGAACACACAAGGUAAUAUACAGGCGUUAUGCUGGAUUGUUUUUCUCCGUGUGCGUGGACAUAACCGACAAUGAGUUGGCUUACCUGGAGAGUAUCCAUUUGUUUGUGGAGAUACUAGACCAUUUCUUCAGCAAUGUUUGUGAGCUAGAUUUGGUGUUUAAUUUCCACAAGGUUUACUUGAUACUCGAUGAAUUCAUUCUUGCUGGGGAGCUCCAAGAAACAAGCAAAAGGGCAAUCAUCGAAAGGAUGUCAGAACUCGAGAAGCUACAGUGAUGACUGUUAGGAAUCACUUUCUACUUGGUUAACGCAUGCCUACCAGAUGUUUCUUGGCAUGUUCGGAGAUUUGCAAUACUUUGUUGAGUUGUUAGACAAUGGUGUAGUGUUAACAUUGUGAAUGAAUAUAGAGUGAUUCUGCGAAAGAUCAUUCAUCCAACAUUUGUUUAUCUGUGAGAUUUUCAUUUCAACUAGUGAUGUUACUAUUUAUUUCGCAAACAUUAUAAAAAAUGUGAGUGAACAUAUUCCAAGUUUCUUUCAUGAAUCGAUAUCUCGGGACAGCUUUAAAAUC